AUGAAGACAGAUUUCAAGUUCUCCAAUCUUUUGGGCACUGUUUACCGCAAGGGAAAUCUACUCUUCACUCCCGAUGGUACUUGCCUUCUGUCGCCAGUAGGCAACAGAGUUACUGUCUUUGAUCUGGUCAACAACAAAUCAUAUACCCUACCUCUUUUUCAUCGCAAAAACAUCGUUCGUCUUGAUCUCAACCCGCAAGGCAAUCUACUUCUCACCGUUGACGAAGAUGGGCGCGCCAUCUUAACAAACUAUAAACGACGAAUCGUUAUAUAUCAUAUCUCAUUCAAAGGCCCCGCCGAUGCUCUCAAGUUUUCUCCUUCUGGCCAACAUUUCGCCGUGGGUAUUGGACGACGGCUGCAGCUAUGGCAAACUCCCUCAGUCCCAGGAACCGACGCUGGCGGUGAUCUAGAAUACGCACCUUUCGUCCUACACAGGGAACUCACUGGGCACUUUGACACAAUCCAGAACAUUGAGUGGUCGAGCGAUUCUCGUUUCAUCCUUACGUCGUCAAAGGAUCUGACUGCACGAGUAUGGAGUCUGGAUCCACAAGACGGAUUUGAGCCGACAACUCUUGCAGGACAUCGGCAGGGAGUCAAGGCGGCGUUUUUCACCGCAGAUCAAGAAGCUAUAUACACCGUGAGCGAAGAUGGUGCGCUCUUUCGAUGGGAGUAUGCCUCCAAACGACUUGAAGACGAGAUAGAUCGUGAAGAACGUUGGAGGAUCAUGAGGAAGGAUUUCUUCUUGCAGAAUGACGCCAAAUUGAAAUGUGCUUCAUUCCAUGCCAAGUCGAACCUGUUGGUCGUUGGCUUUUCUAAUGGUAUUUUCGGGCUCUAUGAAUUGCCAGACUUUAACAAUAUUCAUACAUUGAGUGUUUCUCAAAGCAAUAUUGAUUUCGUCACCAUGAACAAAUCGGGCGAGUGGUUAGCAUUCGGCUCGUCUAAGUUCGGUCAACUUCUUGUGUGGGAGUGGCAAUCAGAGUCAUACAUACUGAAGCAACAAGGGCAUUUGGACUCGCUCAAUUCUUUAGUUUAUUCGGCAGACGGGCAGCGAGUUAUUACCACGGCUGACGACGGCAAGAUCAAAGUAUGGGAUACUACGUCCGGGUUCUGUAUAGUUACAUUUACGGAGCAUACCGCUGCUGUCACGGACUGCAAGUUCUCGAAAAAGGGAAAUGUUCUGUACACAGCCUCACUGGAUGGUUCAGUCAGAGCCUGGGAUUUGAUUAGAUACCGCAAUUUCCGAACAUUCACGGCUCCUUCCAGGCUUGGUUUCACUUCCCUGGCUGUUGAUCCAAGUGGAGAAGUGGUUUGCGCUGGGUCUCAGGAUUCGUUCGAUAUUCACGUAUGGUCCGUACAAACUGGUCAAUUACUUGAACAGCUUGCCGGUCACGAAGGUCCAGUGGUGUCGCUCGCCUUUGCUGCGGACGGUAGCAAUCUGGUUAGUGGUAGUUGGGAUCGCACUGUUCGAAUAUGGAGUAUCUUCGGUCGGUCACAAACUAGCGAGCCACUGCAAUUACAGUCCGAUGUUUUGAGUGUUGAUAUGCGGCCCGACGGGAAGCAAAUAGCUGCAUCUAGUCUUGACGGACAGCUCAGCUUUUGGAACGUGUUUGAUGCCGUUCAAGAAAGCUCUAUAGAAGGACGUCGGGAUGUUUCUGGAGGAAGAAAGAUCUCUGAUCGACGGACAGCCGCCAACGUGGAAGGUACAAAGUCGUUUACAAAGAUCACGUACAGUGCGGAUGGAACUUGUUUGCUGGCUGGAGGCAACAGCAAAUACAUCUGCCUGUACGACGUGACUACCGGCUCGCUUGUCAAGAAAUACACCGUGUCCGUGAACAUGUCUAUUGACGGCACUCAAGAAUACUUGAACAGUAAGAACAUUACCGAAGCUGGACCUCGUGGCCUUCUUGAUGAAGCAGGAGAGGCAUCCGAUCUUGAAGAUCGUAUUGAUCGCAGUCUACCCGGUGCGAAGCGUGGUGAUGCCGGAGCAAGAAACACAAAGCCGGAGGUUCGGGUAUCAGCUGUCUCGUUUGCUCCAACUGGUCGAUCGUUCUGCGCGGCGACUACGGAAGGUCUUUUGAUCUAUAGUCUUGACACGGAGUUCGUCUUUGACCCGUUUGACUUGGAUAUCGACAUUACCCCGGACUCGAUCUUGGAUACGCUACAAGAAGCCCAAAAGUCGUCUCAUGCAACAUCUACGGAGGAUGCAUCAUUCCUCAAAGCUUUGAUCAUGGCAUUCCGCCUGAACGAAGCUCCACUCAUCCGCACCGUAUAUGAAAGCAUUCCCUAUCGUGACAUCUCGCACAUUGUGCGCUCUAUUCCGCAGACAUACCUUCCACGAUUUAUUCGGUUCAUUGCUCACUCAACAGAGGAAACCCCCCACUUUGAGUUCAACUUGCUCUGGAUUGAGUCUAUCCUCAGUGUGCACGGUCGAUAUCUAAAAGAGCAUAAUGGUCAACUAGCACCGGAGUUGCGCGCUCUACAGCGUGUUCUGGAUGACUUCAGGAAUAGUCUCAAGCGUCUCACGGAAAAGAACGUGUACGAAUUGAACUAUCUGCUCUCUAAACCGGUUCUUGGAACCAAAAAGGCCAAUGGUACGCUAAGGAUUGAUGAGAGUGCCCCUGUAGACCAAGGAAUGAUUGAGGCGGAUUAA